AUGGCAGACUCGACCUUCUCUACACGAUCACGGACUGAUAGCAUUCUAUCCACCUCCGAGCCGCCAUACCUGACACCUGACGACAUCAUAAUAGCUGUGAUGGGCAUAACAGGCUGUGGAAAGACCAGCUUCAUAAAUCUCUUCUCAGAUCACCAGCUGCGUGUCGGACAUGAGCUUGACUCGUGUACUCAAGACGUUGAGGUUGUACCUUGUAGCUUUGGAGACGGCCUCAAGAUAUACCUAGUUGAUACUCCUGGCUUUGACGACACCGAGCGCACAGAUACAGAAAUUCUGUUGCAAAUCUCAGGAUGGCUAUCAUCAGCCUACACAGUUAAGCUGAAACUUUCUGGUAUAAUCUACCUGCACCGCAUACCCGACGUCCGCGUUGGAGGGUCCGGUGUCAAGAACUUGAGAAUGUUCCGCGGGCUCUGUGGUGAAGAUAAUCUGGGAAGCGUGGUACUUGCCACAACAAUGUGGGAUUCCAUUGCUCACGAUCUGUCGAUAGGCGAAGUGCGCGAAUCGAAACUGAAGGAAGAUCCAAACCUAUGGGGCAAAAUGAUCGACCAGGGCAGUAUGGUUCUUCGCCAUGACCGAGGAGAAACAUCAGGAAUGGAGAUACUCAGAUAUCUGAUUGGUCGAAGAGAGAAGAUAACUCUGGCGAUACAAAAAGAGCUCAACGAUGAGAAGAAGCCGCUCAACGACACCGGCGCUGGUGCCGCCCUGGUCUCGGAGAUGGAGCGACUACGAGAGAUGUACGAGAAGAAAAUCAUCGACUUGGAGACGAGACUAUGCAAGGAAUGGGACGAAAGCCGCGAAAUGCUCAAGGCUGAUUUUGAGCAAAAGCUCAUUAGGCAACGAGACGAUGCUGCAAGGCUGCAAGCCCGGGCAGAUGAUAUUGUCGCCAACGAGCGCAAACGAAUCGAGGAGCUGAUACAGAAUCAAGAAAAGAUUAGGAAAGAGCAAGAAAGAAAGGUGAAGGAGAAAGAAGAGGACUACUCGCAGAAGUUGGCGCAGCAGUUAGAGGAAGAGCGGAGGAAGAUGAAAGAAAAGUACAUCAAAGCAAUGCACGACAGGUCAUGUGCAGUCAUGUGA